UUCUAUUAUUGGCAUUAGGACGUCGAAACUUUGAAUUCAUCACUUACCAAUAGUCCACUUCCACGAUUCUCUUCUACGUGCGAAUCCAUCUAUCGCUUUGCUACUCAUCGUUCGCCUUACAGCAAGAGGGACGAAGAACAGACCUAUCACCAUGGCAUCGGAUGAUGAUGUGAAGGAUGGCAUCCCCCUUCAACACAGAAAGCCCUUCGGCGCGGGGCUGAGGCGGAAACAAGUUGUAUUUGUUCCGGCCUCGUCAGGGAACCUGAACUCCAUGGAGGAAAACAUAUCCGCUGCGCCGGCAAGGUCUGUUGCAGACAUGUACCUGGACCUGGUACUACCGAAUGGCUCUGCAUCUGCUUCUGCGACGCCCGAGUCCAUAACAACCCAGCUAUGUGAAGUGUGCGACUGGCCACUGGAUCAAGACCCCUCCGAUAAUUUGCAGAGAGAUCGACCGAACCAAAAGCACGAAGCUUCAAUAGCACACCAAGUGUGCUUAACGCACUCCCAUCCACCGUCGGCUUUGGAUCGAUCUCGCAUGGGCCUAGCGGUUCUCUCAGCGCAGGGCUGGGACCCGGAUGCUCGGCGUGGCUUGGGCGCCACGCAGUCAGGCAUUCAGUACCCUAUAAAGGUAAAGCCCAAAAAAGAUACAUUAGGCAUAGGGGUCAAGGUUCCCAGGGUGUUAGAACCGAAGAAGGAGAAAGUACAGAAGCUCGACGCAAAGAAGGCGCGUCAAAUGGCGCUCGAAGACAAAAAGCGACGUGAACAACUGCAACGGCAAUUUUACGGAAAUUCAGACCUGCAAAAGUAUCUGGGGACAGGGUAGAGUCAGGUUGGUCUGCCGUGGACAUCACGAUUUCAAACCAUGCAAGCGCGAGCUUGUUUACGCUUUGGGACGAAUAUGCGACAUAGGUGGCGAGGGCGAAUUUGGCGAGUAGAUUAUGAUACCCAUCGCACACACAGGUCUGGAAUAAAAACGAAUAAUAGACUGUUUCCGAAGAUUCUUUGCCCA